UUAAAAUGGCGGCGUUGAGCAGCGCCGAGUCCCCACCGCCCGUCUUUAACGGAGACACAGCGGAGCGGGACCCGGGCAGGGAGCAGGGCCUGGUGGAGCUGGGUCCCGGGCUGGACUCCUCUUGCACGUCGGGGAUCCCCGGAGGUCCACAGGAUGAGGAGAUCUGGAAUAUCAAACAGAUGAUAAAAUUGACACAAGAACACUUGGAGGCCCUACUGGACAAGUUUGGAGGAGAACACAAUCCCCCGUCCAUAUAUCUAGAGGCCUAUGAGGAGUACACCAGUAAACUGGAUGCCCUGCAGCAGAGGGAGCAGCAGCUGCUGGAGGCUAUGGGCAACGGUACAGACUUCUCCUGCUCUCCUUCUCCCAUGCCAGCCCUUCUGGAGGUCAAGAUGGGAAGUUGUGGGGUGGCAGGUGGGGCUCAGGCCUUUCCCUUAGCCCCCAACACCUUGGCUGUCCUGCAGACCCCCACCGACGCUAGCAGAGCCAACCCUCGCUCCCCCCAGAAGCCCAUUGUCAGGGUCUUUCUGCCCAACAAACAGAGAACAGUGGUCCCGGCCCGCUGUGGGAUGACUGUGAGAGACUCACUGAAGAAAGCUCUGAUGAUGCGAGGCCUCAUUCCAGAGUGCUGUGCAGUCUACAGGAUACAAGAUGGAGAGAAGAAGCCGAUUGGCUGGGACACAGACAUCUCCUGGCUGACAGGAGAGGAGUUACAUGUAGAAGUGUUGGAGAAUGUGCCGCUGACUACACACAACUUUGUGAGGAAGACCUUCUUCACGUUGGCCUUCUGUGACUUCUGCAGAAAGCUGCUGUUCCAGGGUUUCCGCUGUCAGACCUGUGGCUACAAGUUCCACCAGCGCUGCAGCACUGAAGUUCCCCUCAUGUGUGUCAACUACGACCAACUAGACUUGUUACUAGUGUCCAAGUUCUUCGAGCAUCACCCAUUUACCCAGGAGGAGGUCUCCUCAGAGGGAACCACCCCCGUGUCUGAAGUAUGUCCAUCACUCCCCCCAUCCGACUCCACUGGGUCUAUAUGCCACACCACUGUGUCCCCAUCCAAGUCCAUACCCAUCCCUCCCAGUUUCCGGCCCAAUGAGGAGGACCACCGCAACCAGUUUGGCCAGCGGGACCGAUCGUCCUCUGCCCCCAACGUUCAUAUCAAUACCAUUGAGCCUGUCAACAUUGAUGACCUGAUUCGAGAUCAGGGCUUGCCAAGGUCAGAUGGAGCCCCCCCGACCCACCCCGCCCGCUGCUUGAGGAAGCACCGAACACGGACCUCAAGCCCCCUCCUAUACUCCUACCCCAAUGACAUAGUGUUUGAUUUUGAGCCCGAGCCUGUUUUCCGAGGCUCUACCACAGGGCUGUCGGCCACGCCUCCUGCCUCUUUACCCGGCUCUCUGACCAACGUCAAGGUUCCACAGAAGUCGCCAUGCCCACAGAGGGAGCGCAAGUCGUCGUCCUCGUCUGAGGAUCGCAAUAAGAUGAAAACUCUCGGGAGAAGGGACUCCAGUGACGACUGGGAAAUCCCUGAGGGUCAGAUCACUCUGGGUCAGAGGAUAGGCUCUGGGUCCUUUGGAACUGUCUUCAAGGGAAAAUGGCAUGGUGAUGUGGCAGUGAAGAUGUUGAACGUCACCGCUCCCACACCACAACAGCUUCAGGCCUUUAAGAAUGAAGUGGGAGUCCUCAGGAAAACGCGUCAUGUGAACAUCCUGCUGUUCAUGGGCUACACCACCAAGCCUCAGCUGGCCAUCGUGACCCAGUGGUGUGAAGGCUCCAGUCUGUACCACCACCUGCACAUCAUUGAGACCAAGUUUGAGAUGAUCAAGCUGAUCGAUAUUGCACGGCAGACCGCUCAGGGCAUGGACUACCUGCACGCCAAAUCAAUCAUCCACAGAGAUCUGAAGAGCAACAAUAUUUUCCUCCACGAGGAUCUGACAGUAAAGAUUGGUGACUUUGGUCUGGCUACAGUCAAGUCCCGCUGGAGUGGCUCCCACCAGUUUGAACAGCUGUCUGGCUCUAUACUGUGGAUGGCUCCAGAGGUGAUCCGGCUCCAGGACAAGAAUCCCUACAGCUUCCAGUCAGAUGUGUACGCAUUUGGCAUUGUGCUGUACGAGCUUAUGUCAGGAGCUCUGCCCUACUCAAACAUCAACAACAGAGACCAGAUCAUAUUCAUGGUUGGUCGAGGUUAUCUGUCUCCUGACCUCAGCAAGGUGCGCAGCAACUGUCCAAAGGCUAUGAAGAGACUGAUGGCCGACUGCCUGAAGAAGAAGAGAGAGGAGCGACCUCUUUUCCCUCAGAUCUUGGCAUCCAUCGAGCUGCUGGCUCGCUCAUUACCCAAAAUCCACCGCAGCGCCUCAGAGCCUUCGCUAAACCGAGCCGGCUUUCAGACAGAGGACUUCAGCUUGUAUGCCUGCGCCUCACCUAAAACCCCCAUCCAGGCCGGUGGUUAUGGGGAGUUUUCGGCAUUUAAGUAAGUGCUGCAGAUCCCACCAGUCCAUCCCUCGUCACUUCUCAAAAGUCUCGUGUCCAUGCGGUGGAUUCAUUCAUCACUGAAAAAACUGAAAAAAUUGUCUAAAAGAAUGUGCUUUUUUUCUUCCUCUGUCAACCUGAAGAAGGCAGCUUCACUGGAGUCCUUCCAACAUAAAGUUGUCCAGAAGGCAAACAGCCACAGCAACGGACAAAACCGAAUUAGGAAAAAAAAACAAAAAAACAAAGAAAAUAAACUUGAAUCCCACAAAAAGAAGGAGAAAAAAAACCAAGACACAAAGAUAUCCAUACCAAAAAGGUUUUGAGGAGAAGUCGGCAAACUCCGCAGAUCGACGUGCCUCCUGUUGGAAAAGCUGAAGAUGAAGACAAAAGGAAGAAGAGACGGAGGUGAAAACGUCAGGGGAAGUCGAGGCUGAGGGCGCCCCUCGCCCCACCAUUUCCUGUGCAGGUGAGGCUGGAGGCUGGUUUAUCAGCCGAGCCGCUGAACUGCUCUUUGGUCGACGGCAGAAACGAGGCCUGUGAUAGGAGAGGCCUUUCGUCCGUCCUUCGGUUGAGAUUAAAGGCCGGGUGUUAGCCAGGCAGUAACCGAUCCCGAGAUGAGCUGGAGGCUACUCAGCAGGGUUAACCCCCAGGGAAGCUAACUUGAAGGAUAGAUCUAUUUUUAUUUUUUAAUUUGUUUCUCAUGUUUCAGGUUUUAGCUAGCAAUCGCUAGGAAUGCUGAGCAUUUGUUUCUUAUGAAGAGUUAGUAGCUAUUUUAGAAGAAGGCUUUCCUUCUGGUCAUGCAGCAUAGGCCUUUGCUUUUUUUGUCUUUGUGGACUCAGUGCUGACCAAAAUCUGCAAAAUACUUUUUUUUUUUCCUCCAAACAAAUUCAACACUCUCGAGGAAACGACAGCAGCUGUUCAUCUACGACACACUUUUCACUACCUUCUCAAAAAUGUCAAAACCUUAAAAUGAAAGCAAGAGAGAACCGGAUCUUUCUGUAGAUUUCUACUACAAACGACUGGGGCCUGCACUGUUCUGCGAACAGGAGCUGUUCUUUGGGAGGAAAAAUGCUCAUUUGUUUAGCGAUAAAAGCUACACGGGAGGAAUUUCUUAUUUCGUUUAAAAAACCUGGUCUAAGCCGGGAAUUGAGAUGCGUGUUAAUUUGUGAAGUUUCGAAGUGUUGGGAAGAUUUUGCUCCAGAGACACUCUAGCCUUUUAAAGGUUUUCUAGUCAAUGUGGAAGCAGCAGAAGUGAUUCUUUCUGUAGAUUUCCUGGAGAAAAGUCUGGAGCCUGGGAGGAAAACUGCAGAUUAGUUUUGGGAUGGAAGCUACACAGGAGGGGUUUCUUCUUUUAUUUAAAGAGCCUGGUCUAAGCUAAGCUAGUGCCCAGCAUUUACACUGAGUUAAGUGAGUGUACAGUAAGUUGUUGCACAUCAUCUUUACUAAAAAGGUUUUCCUUUGCUUCUCACAUUUUUUUCCACAAAACCCAACCUCAGAUUUUUCUUUUGUAAUACCAAGUUGUGUCAUUGUUUAUUUUCCUUUUUCUUUGAUCAUGUGGCUUUAAUAUUGCACUCAGCUUAAAAAGGGGACCUUACUUGUUGUAGCUGCUGACUUAUGGGCUGCAGCGUUACCUGCUGAAUGGACCGGUGAUCCUCUGAAGAGUUAGUAAUGAAAAAGUCCAUAAAUGUUAUUUCACACCUUUCACUUUCUCUACAAACAUGCACCUGUACUUUUUUUCAUUCCAGCGUGUGUUGUUGGGUUGUAGGGGUUAUUACAGGUUGUUUUUAUUUUGUUAUUGUCGAUGUUUGCCUUUUUCUGUACAGGCAGGCCUGCAGAUAUUUACCUAUUUAUGUGAAAGUUUUUGUUGUAUGGGUUUAUUUUCAGAACUGUUUUAUUUGAAGUUAUCAGUCUUUCUUUUGACGCUUGUUUUAGUCUUUGUGACUUGUGUACUUGCACUUUGUAGAGAUGGAUCGAAGCAAAUGAGCGACUUGCCUUUUCUUUUUUCUUUUUUUUGAAGAAUAAAUUGUGACAUACAGA